AUGGCCACCCUUCUUUGGUGGCUCCCUGGAAUACUCCUCUCCGCUCUCUCUCGAGUAUUCUCGGCAUUCAGAUCCUAUCUUCCUUUUCGAAGCGUGACUGAAUUGCACAGGAAUGGGCACUCUCCAGAUAACGUGGGUGUUUCUCUCGAAGACGGCCUACUAGCUCCUACGGAGAAAUUCGAGGAAGAAUGGAGAGAUCUUGAUCGUUACCAAGAUGUCCUUGGUCAGCUGCCAAUGCUCCAAGUAUAUGCUCAUAUCCUCUACCUCUUCCCAGUGCCUGAAAAUGUCUCCCGUGAGGAAAUUUUGAGUGACCUCUCGCAAGCCAUUGCUAAAGUCCGCAAUGCCGUGCCCUGGAUGGGCGCAAAAGUCGUCAAUGUCGGCAAGUCAGCAAAUAGCUCAGGUCUGUAUAGAGUAGCCGAGUGUGCGUCGCCAUUAAACGAAAUAGACGUCAGGGAUCUAUCCAACGACGCGACAUGCCCGUCAUACGAUGAUCUCAAGAAGCGCAAGGCGCCUAUCUCAAUGCUUGAUUCUAAAAAGUUCACGUCUGUCCCUGGAUUCCCAAUACGUUUUGAAGACUCCAAAGAGGAUCCCUCGCGAGUACUGCGGCUCAACGCCACGUUCAUAAAGGGGGGUUUGGUGAUCGACUUUUUGAUUCACCAUAACAUGGCGGAUGCCGGUGGGCAUUUCGGGUCCAUCAAGAUGAUAGCAAUGGCCAUGCGCGGAGAAGGGUUCCCUAUUGGACUACUCCAGCAAGCGAAUAGAGACCGACGAAAUCUCUUUUCUCUGCUCGGCCCCAACGAGAAAAUGCUCGAUCACAGCAAACAUAUACGACCGCCAAUCACGUCUUCCGCACCUCUCGUAUCGCCGCAUGCAAACGCUGCCAAGUACCAUGUUAUACGAUUCAGCGCGAAGAAGCUUGACGAGCUCAAAAACCUGGCAAGCCAGGGCCUAGAUCCCGAUGUGCCUUUUAUUUCUACAGACGAUGCCUUGAGUGCAUUAUGUUGGAAACAUUUCACCCUUGCACGCGCGCACCGAUUUGGCCCCCAAACAGAAUCCCGCUUUGCUCGAGCGGUCGACGGACGUGCAGCGUUGGGAAUCUCGAAGGACUACAUGGGCGACGUGAUUCAUAAUGUCUCAACUUUUCUUACAUUCGAGCAACUCACCACCUGGCCCCUCGCACGGAUUGCAUCCCACCUCCGAAGACAUCUCAACGCGAAGAAUACAGCGUAUGACAUUCGCAGUUUUGCUACCUUCAUUGCAAAAACCCCGGAUAAAUCUACUAUAACAUACGGGGGGCAGUUCAAUCCCGCUACAGAUGUGGGUUGCUCUAGUGUACGAGGACUUGGGAAAGUGCUGUUUCCCAGCUUCGGUGUCCUAGGCCAGCCGGAGUUUGUGAGGCGACCCAAGCCAGGCGUCGUGUUCCCAGGGUUAUUGGUGUUUUUCCCCGGUAGUCCCGGCGGUGACUGCGAUGUAUGGCUGUGUCUGGGAGACGACGAGAUCAAGACACUAACGGAGAAGGACAGGGAGUGGAUGCAGUGGGCGGAGUACAUUGGGUGA